GUCAAACUUGGAGGACGUUUCACAACCAAAGUUGCAUUGAAUGCGCGCGCAUUGUUGAUUCAUUGUCAUUUACCUUCUUAUGAAACAAAUAUUGAAGGCAGCAGUUUGGAGAUGAUAGUUAUGAUUACCGAACCCAAAGUUAUGAUUUUCAAAGAAUUAAUUGAUACGCGAUUUGCUAUUUUCGAUGUUCGAAUUUCAUUUAUCAUCAAGAUAGUUGGUAUGAGACGUUCAGUUUCAAUAUCAAAUUUAAGUUAUUUGAUUACGAAAACCAAGAAUGAACCACUUCGUCAAUAUCCGUGGUAUUUCACGUUCCGUGAAACAGAUUAUACUGAGGAUCAAACAAUUCGUCAUAUCGUGGCCUAUCAACUUGAGCUUACUAGGUUAUCCAAUUUUGAUAUUACUCCUUGCUAUACCGACAAUAGAAAGAUUCACGUUUAUUAUGCCGUUGAUUCUUCAUUCGAUCCUGGUCGGUUGCGAAAUAGCGUGCGUAAGGCGGAUUAUAUAAUCUCGGAGUCCGACAGAUUAUUGAAUGAGAUUUUGGAUUCUCUAGAGAUCGUUAGUUCAGAACAUAAGAAUUCUGACUGCAAUUAUUUAUUUAUAAAUUUCAUUCCAACAUUUGUGUUAGAACCAAAACAAGUUGAGGAAACUAUUAAAAGAUUUAUUAAUCGGCACGCAAAAUAUUAUGGAGUUGAAGACCCUACAUUAAUAACCAGUUAUCCUUUACGUGUCAUCAUUAAUAAUGUCUCCGGGUAUGUUGUUAAAGUAGAAACUUAUCAGGAAAGUGAAGACAGAAUUGAAAGCUGGAUUCUUAAAUCAAUUGGUCGACAGG